AUGGCAGUAAGUUCCGCCACUUGCAUUGCUAAAUAUAAUGCAGACUUUAAUUCCAAAGAAUCUUAUAUUACAAGAAGGUCCACUCUGCUUUUUGACACAACGGAGGUGAAUGGAACAGAUGAGUUGACUGUUGAGUGUUUCGAUCGCAACUUCACCAACGGGAAAGGUUUAGGGAGAGGGGUAUUAGUGUCAAACAGGAAGCAACAAAUAAAAGAGGAGCAACUAUUAAAAAACCAGCCAAAAAGGCGUCUUUUUAGUUUCAACGUCCAUUCUCCGGCAACUCCGAUGUGGACCAUUAUUGUAGAAGAAGAUGAUAGGGUGCACAUGCCAUCCAUCACACGUGUCCGCCAUGGCACCUUCCCAGUUGGUGAAUGGACUCUAGUGGGUUCAUUCCCUUUCGAGGGUGGCACCGUGGCAGAUCUAAAAGCGAUCCAAACCAGACAGCAAAAUGUCGAGGCUCGUCAUCUACCUAAAAGUCAGGAGCGAAAAAAGAAAGAAACGGAAACGACUAACCAACAAACUUUGUUUCCGCUUUGUAGCCCGUGA